UGGAGGGAUGUGACCCCGGAACAGGACGCCCUCCUACAACAACACACCAUUCAAACAGAGCACAGAAGAAAGAAAAGCUGGACCAGGAGGGAGCCACAGGAGCAGGGGGGAUGAACCGCGAGGAGGCCCCGGGGAAGUCUCCUGAAGACAUGUACAUCCAACAGAAAGUGCGGGUCCUGCUCAUGCUUAAGAAAAUGGGAUCAAAUCUUACGCCGAGUGAAGAGGCUUUUCUCCGAAAUUACGCAGGUGUGGUCCACAGUCAGAUGAGCCAGCUACCACAGCACAACAUAGACCAGGGUGCUGAGGACGUGGUGAUGGCGUUCUCACGGUCAGAGACGGAGGAUCGGCGACAGUGACCCUGGGCCCCAUCCCACCCCACUGCAUCCCACCCCACCCCCAUACCGCCCUGCACGUGAUCCACAGCAUCCCAAACUCCACAAACACGACACUGAUGAGCUCAGGAGAGGAGGGGGCACCAGGAUGGGACAGAAGAGGUGGGGAAGAGACACCAGGAGGUGGCCGCCUCACUCUCCCCCAGCCUUUUCCACCCCGACUCCUCCUCACACAAGCUGGCACACCAUUACCUGAGAUGCACUCAAGUGGGUCACUGUGGGUUGAAGCCUUGGCAACAAGGCAGUCAGUGAAAACACUCACAGAUUGUGUGGAUGAAUAUCAAAUGUAGUUUUGUUUUUGUUUUUUUGAUGGGGGAGGGUUGGUUUUGUUUUGUAUUAUCUUGUCUGUGUUGAGACUUUAGGCAGUGUUACGUGUUUUAUCUGCUGUGGUCACUGGAGGAAUCGACCAGUCAGCAGCUGAUUGAAGCAAAGAGAAAUAUAGUUGUGGUCAAGCAGUGAGUGUGAUGACUGAUCGUGUUAGGGGAGAGAUUUUAAUUAUUUCUGCUUCCCCUAACGGGGCUGAAAUUGUUUUUGAUUUAGCUGUCGUGUUAUAAAGGCUUCUGUAUUCUGUCACACCAGGGGCCUCAUUUCUAAACAGUUUGUGUGCAUAAAGAACAAGUGUGAAAGAUGCGUUCACCAUCUCCCACGCAGAUGUUGGGAUUUAGAGAUACAGGUGUUUCUGGAGAGUGGCCACACGUUUGCUGGAAACCUGCAUGCUGAAGGCAAGUCUGUAAAAUAAAUUCAUAAACACUUUACUUUAUGUCCCUUGAUUUAGAAUUAACAAACAUUUAAUAAAUGGUUUAUAACACACUAUAAUGUAUUUGUAAGCAGCGCUGAGGUUUGUUAAUGCGUUUGUCACCACUUUAACUCCUCCUGAUGGAUGGAUAAAUGGAUGAUAAUUGGCUUCCGUAUAAACAGAUAAUGAAUGACAAUAUAGUAAACCGCAGCUGACCUUAUAGGAGGUUGUAAUUGUUAACAAACACUGUACAUUAAUAAAAACUUAAAAAUGUCCUUAUAGCGGCCUACAACUCCAUUAUAGUGUUUUAUAAAUCAUGUUAAAUGUUUUCUACCGAUAAAUCUCUAAUAGGGGAACGUCAAAGUAAAAUGUACAAUAAAAUCCUCCCAGACGAUGCAUUUCACUUAACAUCUAAUUAAAGCCUGUUUUUCCACUUGCAUCAGUUGUACAACCCAGACACACUUAUGAGGUGAAGUGAAGUGAGCUCCGGUGAACUCCGACCUCUCACCUCUGCCUGUUUUUGCUUAACCAACUGAUAUCUUCCUUUCAGAAUAAUUUGGCUUUCAGAUCCUGCACGGCUCACUGCAGCUGUGACAAAAACAAAACACUUAGGCGAUGCGGCUCAAGAUCUGCAACAUUUUACACGGUGUAAUAUUUCUCGUUGAAAUUUGUAGUCUGACUUGAAUGACAAACUGACUGAUGUGUGUAUUAGCACUCACAACAGGCCUGUCAUUAAUCAUUCAUGUUUAAUUAUGGGAGUUAACAGGGCAGGAUAAUGAGGCUUGUGACAUGCUCGAUGGGAUUUCUGCGUUAAGGUGAGGGUAUUUUUUUGAGCGUACUCAAUUGUUACAAAUGAGGCCCCACUCGUUUCCUCUGCUGCUUUAUUUUGAACCAUAGGCUGUUGAGAGUGCAGCAAUGCUUUCCCCAUGAGGAAAGUGUUAAGAAUUAAAGACACUAGCAGACAUACUCACAUGAAACACAGGUGUACACAUUCUCCCCAAACAAAUACCACUUUUGUUUUGGGUUAUUGUGACAUGUAAAACCUUUUUUUUUUUUUUUUUUUAUUGUACAGAUAGUUGGGGAAAAUACAAUAAUGAUUUGAUUGUGUCAAUUGUAUUUUUGUUGUUUUUUUUUUAUCUGUAAGAUAAAAUUAACAUAUUGAUUAAGAAAAUUGAUAAGAGACAAGUUGUAGUUGUAAUUUAUUGUUUACUGAAUUGACUCCCUGUUCCUCCAACGCAUCAUUAAAGAUGGAGAACCAGUAGAUAGUUAAAGCCUAACAUGAGUCACUCUUCAGUAUCAUCAGCUCAGCAGUGGCUCUUUGUUCACACUAAAAUCAUACAAACUCUAAUUUCUAACUACCUGGAACUAAACA